CGUUGCAUUGUUUAUUUCGGCGGGCAUUCUCAAAACUUGAAUUGGCAAACCUCAGUUUAGUUCUGCAUAAGUUCUGUUAUCGCUUUUUCUAAUCAUUUUAUCAAUUUGAUUGAGCCUGAUAUUUCUACAAUUAAUUUCUCCAGUUCACUAUUGUUUCCUUUGUGUGCAACUACUGAUGGCUGGAAGAGGGAAAAAAGCAACCGGCUAUGCAUUCCCUGAUCCUUUGCCAGCUGGUGAAGUGCUUAAAGACUUCACGAAAAGAGAAUGGAAAAUUGGCGCUUCGAUCGGGAAAGGUGGUUUUGGAGAGAUUUAUGAUGUAACCUGUAACAAUGACCCCAGCAAGAGUAAGAAGCCUUUAUACAUUGCAAAGAUUGAACCAAAAGAAAAUGGUCCGCUGUUUGUUGAGAAAACCUUCUACAUGAAAGUUGCCAAAGAAGAAACAAUUGAGAAGUGGAUGAAAGAUAAAAAGCUGAAGUAUCUAGGAGUUCCAAAAUACAUAAGCUCAGGCACCCACGAGUACAAAGCUACUAAAUACAGGUUUCUGAUCACAGAAAAAUUUGGAGAAGACUUAUAUAAAAUAUUUUUAGCACAUAAGAAGUCCAUUCCUCUACCAACAGUGCUUCAGAUCUCAAUACAGUUGAUCAAUAUCUUAGAGUACCUGCAUGCAAAUGGAUUUGUCCAUCGAGAUAUUAAGGGCACAAACAUCUUGGUCGGACAGCCCAACUGCGUUGAAAAUCAAGUGUUCCUGAUCGAUUACGGUUUGGCAACUCGCUUAGUGACAGAAAAAGAGUUCAAGCCAAACCCCAAGCAAGCGCACGAUGGCACCAUUGAAUAUUGCAGCAGAGAUGCACAUCAUGGUGUUGCCAGUCGAAGGGGUGAUUUUGAAAUGCUUGGGUAUAACAUUCUGGAGUGGCUAGGCAAUCCACUCCCAUGGGUAAAUAUUAAAGCAAAACCUGCUGUUCAUGCGGCUAAAAACAAAUUCAUGGAUGAGAUACCCGAGUCCUUAAAAAACCUGCCUAAUGUGCCUGAUGUGAUAGUACAAUACUUCAAUCUUGUCUCGAUAAUGACACACUGCGAAGAACCGAACUAUGAUCUAAUCAGAGAUCUCUUCUCUACAGAAUUAAAAGCACUGAAAGUAAAGGAUAGCCGAGGCUUUGUGUUUGACAGUGACACCCCUGUCAAGAAAAAGAAAGCCACAGAAAAGAGAGUACUUAACACCAGCAAGGACUCUAGUAACUCGGCAAAAGAGAAUGACGAUAAACCCAGGCGUGGCCGCAAGGUGAAAAAGAUCGCAAAGGAUGACACAUCACAAAGUGCAGAUGAAGUCAGCGUUGAGUCCCAGAAUCACACUCCCGCGAGGAAACCACGCAAGAAGAAGUCAAUUUCCCCAAGCAAAAAGUGGACAAAUUGCCCGACCAUGGUUGCAAGUGGCGUUGCUCGACCAGGGACUUACGUUAAGAGAAAGUAACUACCAUGUUCGAUCGCAUAGUUGAUCUCUCCUCUAAAUUGAGCAAGCCUGCUGUUCUAAGCAGUAUUUUGGUUUAAGUUUUUUUAUUUAAUUUUUAGCUCAAAAAUGCCACUAUGAAGUAAGUGAUUAACUGCUAGGGAGACAGCUUGGGAGUAAGAAGAAGUUAUUUGGUAGAUCAUAGUACUCAAAGACUGAAAAAUUGUUUCUUUCUUCUCUGAAGAGAGUGCACCUCAAACUAAGUUGACCAUUAAUGUUUUGUAAGCAAAAAUGUACGCAGAGAUAUCGUAACUAUCUAUCGAUAUGUGGCAGAGACUGUCUUUGUUGAUUGAAAAUGCUGGCUUGUUAAAAAUCCAUGGAAGAUUGUAGAAAUUAUGAGAAAUCUUCAGAAACUCGAGGAAAAAGCUGGGAAAAAGUGUUAAGUAAUGCAAAAAUUUUCCAGUGCGUUUCCCCCUGGCUUGCGCAAGAUGUCAGAAUGUCCGUGAGCGUGCCAGAGUUUUGGGUGUAAUUUUCUCUCUCUCUCUCUUCUGAAAUAACGCUCUGAUUUAAAAAAAUUUCCUACUCAGUGCAUCCUUUUGACCUUUCUGUAAAGUAAGAACAUUUUUCAAGAAAGAGGAAAUCUAAGGCUGAGAUUGCAACCAGUUUUUGCUCCCAAGAACUCCGCAUUUCGAAGUGGCUGGAUAAUCGUGAUAUCACUGUAAUCAGAACUCUCAUUAUGUCCUCUCAGCUGCUUAUCUCCAAAUUUUGCAAUUUAUGAAUUUUACAACUAACGGUUUUACAAUGAUAAUUUUUUUGAAAAUUUGAGCUAAUUGGUAAUUUGAGGGACCCCAAGUUAACACCUUGCUAAAAUAAUUGGUGAAAUCAUUUUUAAAGAUUUGUUAUUAUAACUCGUAAAAACGAAAGAAAUAGCAAGCUUGAAAAAAGAAUAUGUUUACCCUCUGGGAGCUUAUAAUUUCUCAGAUGAGGCUCUCAAAAUUUCCUUAAGUUGACUAUAAAUCCUCUUCCAAGUCUUAGUAUCCUGUUCAAUCAAUUAAAUUUACUCUCUUAAUAUUCUCCCACUUAAAAUACAAAAAGAGGAGAGGAAAGGACCUAAGCCAAGCCAAACAUCUCAAGAAUCUUGGGAGUUCCAUUUAUUUUCUUAUGAGUAGCAAGUCCGUCUCCCAAUUUUAAAGUGUGCUGUCUUAUUAUUUUAGGCCUCAGGAGUGAAAAUUCAUUUCCAUUCCUCUCCGUUAAGUGGAUGUAAUUUUAUUUAUUUAUUUUUUUUUUUUUGCCAGUGACCUACCAGAUCAUCUUUAAAUCUUUUAUAGGAUACUAGUUCAUAAUUUUGUUUUAAAUUAAUGUAUUACAACAAACCUAAAAAAUGUAAAUUUUUAAAUUCUAGGUAAAAGUAGUAGAUGCCGCCCUAUCAGUAACCUUAGUAACUCUGCUGAGUAUGCCCUCAUGAUCUAUUUUGGCCUCUAUGUAUUUUAAUAAUUAAAUUCAAAUGUAUUGGUGCAUUUGAUACAAGCACACACUUUCUUAUAAGUAGAAUUUUAGAAGUAAGUCAAGUAAAUACUCAAAAACUGUUCAUAAUUGAAUUGAGUUCAACAGGUAUUGUAAAAGUUCCCGGAUUCAUUUUCAUUGCCCACUCUGGGGGAAUCUCUCUGGCACCCAUUAUUGACUGCAUACCAAGAGGUUGAAAUAUAUGUACACUUUUCUUAGUAUGCAUAUUCAAUUUCAGGUUUUCAAGCACUUGUCUUAUAAUUAGAGUUUAUUUUUGAAUUUUGCCAAUCACUGAAAAAAUGAUAGGGAAAAAAGUUGGUCAGUCUUGAACUGUAGUCAUUUAUAAGAGGAAAUGUUGUCAACAAGUACCUUUAAAUUUCUCUGUAUUUUAAUGUUAAUUUUAACCUAACUCAUGCCUUUAUCUAUUUUUGUACUGUCUCAUUUUUUGUAAUGACCGUCUGUGUUUACUAUUUUCAAUGUUGAAUAAACGUCACAAAUAAAUAUUUUUUUACUAAUUUUA